AUGUUGCUUGUCGGACCUGAAACUGAUGCAGGACUUCCAGAUACCAUGCUGCUAUACACAGCACAUGCUGACACAACAGUGCAACAUGAACUCAGUGUACCACUGGCGGACUCUGUGUUUUGGACGGACAGUAUGAUGGUGUUGAAGUAUAUUGGUAACGCUGGGAAACGUUUCCACACCUUUGUUGCCAAAAAAGUAUUGGCUAUAAGAGAAGUCACGGACAUGAAGCAAUGGAGACAUGUCAGCUCAGAGCAGAACCCGGUAGAUGAUGCAACACGAGGAGUAACCUCUUCUCAGAUACUGGAGAAUUGUCGUUGGACCCAGGGUCCAAGGUUUAUAAGGCUACCUCCCGAGUAUUGGUCAAAGGGACCACAGGUUGACAUGGAGCUCAAGGGCGAUCGUGAAGUGAAAGGGGACGUGACUUCACUGACCUCCAUAGUAAACAGGACCAAAGAACCCUUGCAGUGCCUAUGGGAAAGGUACUCUUUUUGGCUCCAGCUUCAAAGAGGAGUAGCUUGGAUCCGGAGCGUUAUCAACGUCCUCAAAGAUAAAACACCAACAACAAACAUCACCGUGUUAAGUGUGGCAGAGUUACGCCACGCCAAGACAGCAAUUUUUAGAGUGAUGCAGAGAGAGCGAUACCAACAAGAAAUGAGGCUCAUUGCAAAGAAAAGGUUGACACAUGUUUGA